AUGUCAUGGAUCACGAGAAGGUCAGAGCUGCAGAAACACGGCUGGGAUCUGCUCGACUUUUCGCCACGACCCAGCGAAGGAUUUAACAUCUCGAGACCGUCUGAGGCACCCCAAUCAGGCGAUGCCUGUUCUCUCGGCACCAAGAGCGGCCCCAAUCUGCAAACAAAGCGACAGCUCCUUGCGUGUGACGAUGGCAUCCGUCAUUGGUUGGAUAACGUUUACCCAUGGAGUCAGGAUACGAAAACUUCAAGCAUAAACUUGGUCAUGGCCUCGAAAACUGACUCCCUUGAUGAGCUUCCUUUUAGUCAGACAGAAUUUGAGAGCAUCAUAAACAAGCUCAAGGUCCAUGGAUCUAUUGUCCGAGCUAUCAAUCGCAACACAAGCUGUGCCUUUAUUCAUAUUCCAUUCACCUGGAGCCCUACGAGCGCGGCUAUCCUAUCUAUUGUCUACAAUUGCCGAACCUCUGCUUGUUGGGAAGGAGAUAUGGCCCUCUCUGUGACCUUCUUUCCCGAAAGUCUCACAACUAAUGCGGUUUGGUAUGGAUGUGAUCUGUCUAAGCGUAAGUUCUACGGAGAUCUGAUUACAGAUUCUGAGCUUAUCUGCGGUCAACUGGAAAACUUUGAUGGAGGUGUAUUCCACCCGAUGGUUCUUCCGGUAAUAUUUGCAGGCUUCGAGAGGGAGAGGCACAUUGGCACGGUGAGGAAGUGUCUGACGCAGUUUGUUCAGCGAAUUCACGAUCUCGCCCACCAGGACCUCCGAACAUUGAACAAGAACGAAAUCUCUGCAAGCUACAAGGACGAUAAAUCCGGGUACGGCUUGACACCAUUCAAUGAAGGAUGCUUAGCAUCAUACUUUCGACUGGUAUCAGGACUCAUUCACUCGAAGGCUGCCAAGACUGUUCCUCCACCAAACACAAAUUCACAUCAAACCCAAGAAGAGCAAGAGCCUGCUGUACUUUUAUGGCAGAAUAUCAGUUUCCUGAGAAUUGUGCUGCAGAACUGGCAGACCCAGCUCCGCAAGAUGAUGGAUCAUGUCGAUCAGCUUCAUGAUACUGACUUCGGCCUUCCAGAUGCAGCCAAAGUCCCCAGCAGCCAGACCAGGUUGCAUAGUCUCCAUGAGGUGGGUGACAGAUUGAAGUCAAGGCUACAGGACCUCAUCGAUGAGUAUGACGAGUACAUAAGACAAUGUACUCACAUUAUGGAUGGCCUGACUUUGGCAACACAGCUGGAACUGAACAUUAUCGGCCGCAAAGACGCAAGAGUGAACCAGGAAAUCUCUCGAGUAAAUCUCGAGGUCUCACAGAUGACACGUCUUGAUGGUAGUCUUAUGAAGUCUAUCGCCAUGCUGGGCAUGGUCUUCCUUCCUGCUACCUUUGUCUCGAUUUUCUUCUCUAUGGGCUUUUUUCAGUGGACAAAGGAAGACGGGGAGGGAAACGAGACGUUAUCGCCGUACUUCUGGAUUUACGUCGUUGUUGCUGUUGGGUUGACUAUUUUCACUAUGAUUGAAGUAUUUUACGAGAAGCAAUGGUCCGUCCAUGUGCCUGUUUUCAACUUUGGCAGCUCAGAGAACCAGGGGCCAGUACACUACUUUGAAGAUAUCGAGGAUCCUAGAGCAUAUUUCCAGCGAGAAAUGGCCGCCUUUCAGAAGCUUCGAUGUGGGCUGCACCUCGUGGAACUUGUUGCGACGAUUAAGAUAGCUGAGUGUCAAUUUAUGCUCAUCUUCCCAUGGGCUGAAGGUGGAACUUUGGAAGAUCUCAUAACCCAGCGACAUUCAAACCGCUUAGGUCCCUCAGACCUUCUUUCACGCGGGUUUACAAUUCAUUUCACUCGCAUUGGCUCCAUCGUUCACGAUGGGAGACAUCUCGACAAAGACUAUGGUAUACAUCUGGACAUCAAGCCGUCCAAUAUCCUUUACUUCAGUCAGGAAAAAGAUACCAGCCCAUUUGGAACACUCAAGCUAGCCGACUGUGGCCUUAUGGAGUUUGAUAGUCUGGCAUCCCGAUCCAGGAAGAGUGUCACGGGCUGUUCUGCAGGCCCUCGAACUUAUCGUUCACCCAAGUACGACUUCAAUCAUACUAUGUCGAAAAAGGUUGACAUAUGGGCUAUGGGUUGUGUAUUUUCAGAAUUUCUCACCUGGGCUAUUCUCCCACAUGGAUCGGUUGAUGAAUACCGACUUACGAGAACACAAGAGCCAUCGCUCACGAGCUCCAAAGAAGAGAACAAGAAGAAUUACGAAAGCAGUUUCUUCCAACAUUACCUUCAGUAUGAAGUUACUGACGGAGCAGUGGUAUCAGUCCCUGAACUAGUCACACAAACAGAUCAGUUAUGCUUGCAUGUCCGGGCACGGAAAACAAACAGUGACACUUGGAGGCUGGACUGUGAUAAGCUCCGCACAGUGGAGAUUCCCAAGCUAAAACCAAGCGUAUCUCAAUGGAUCGCAAAGCUUAUUUCCCAGGUACAAUACGAGACCGAGCUAGGUGUCGUUAUGAAAUUUAUAGCAUUUGUUGAAAAAGAAAUGAUGCACCCAGAGAGAAUUCAGAGAGCUGACUGUCAGAGGGUUCUUGAAUUCUUCGAAGAGCAUGUGGAUAAAGCGGAUACCAGGAUCAAAAAGCCAACAUCAUCGAAUGACGAUGAUUUUGGUGCCUGA